AUGACGGCAACUUUCCGCUCACAGAUACUGCUUCAGCAGCUCUCAUUCUCCUCUUAUACGACGAGACCGAGCACCCGCGGAGCAUGCCUCGUCUGCCAACUACGAUCUCAAUAUCACCUCUCACCCGGUCGUCGUCGUCCAUCCUCACGCAUCCUGAAUCUCCAACAUGCACCGCAGCGUCGAUUCGCAACGGCUUCCACCCACGGUUCAUCCCCAGACUCCUCCGCCUCUGCCCCCAAGAGCGGCUCUGUCCCAGACAUCCGCAAUCACUACACGAUCUUCCCAAAAACCCUGCCGGGUGGACCACCCCCAGGAUCGCCAUUCGAUAUCACUCUGGGUGACCUCCGUCGGGAAUUCCUCCAACUCCAAGGCAUCAGCCAUCCGGACAAGUACCCUCCGGGGCAGGCGAAACAGCGGGCCGAGGCCUUCUCGAGACUCAUCAACGAGGCGUACCGCACGCUGGCGGACCCGCUGCUACGGGCCCAGUACCUUCUGCGUGAGAUGCACGGGAUCGACGUGACGGCGGAAGACGGAGCCACGAAGCAUGCGCUCGACGCGCAGACGCUGAUGGAGGUGAUGGAAGUGCAGGAGACGAUCGAGGAGGUGAGCGGGGACGCCGAUGCCGAGGCCAAAAUCGCGCAGCUAAAGACGGACAAUACGGUGCGGGUGACGGAUGGGGUACGGCAGCUGGCGGCGGCGUUUGAUAGCGGCGAUAUCGAGAUGGCGCGGCGGGAAUGCGUACGGCUGAAGUUCUGGUACAAUGUCGGGGAGGCGUUAAAGGAAUGGGAACCGGGCAUGACGGAGCUUCGGUUGGUUCAUUGA